GUUGGUUCUCUUUGAUUGGAUGAUCAACGUCUCGCGCUCAUUAACUGUCCACGACAGAAUUUGGCGCCUCCAUGUUUAACUUCCGCGUGCACGUUCUUGAAUCCGUCACCUGUACGAGUGAGCGAGGAGCGGCAGGUCAUUUCAGUUGGCUGAUUAAUGAGCGUAAUUUAGUGCCGUUACAGUUCGGUAGAGCACCGAUAUUACAUUCAGUUGAAUGGUAUCCUCUUAAGACCCUGGGCUUUAUGUGUAGACUAAGACACUGGACAUGGCGGAAAAGAUCCACGACAUGGAUGAAAAAGCGCACACGAAGAGCACAAUUUUCAAUAGGCUCAAGCCAGCCAAACGAGUACACUUGAAACCUCUUUCAGUGUAUUCAAGGAUGAUCACUUGUGACCAGAAGGCCACUCCGACUCAGUUUUGUAAUCCAUUCAUCAAUUUUAAAAUUGAAUUAAAGAACGAUGGUGAUAAAAAAAGGAUAUUAGAUGAUUCAAGUCCCGAUGAGGGUUAUGAAACCCCAGCAAAAAAGCCCUUUAGUCCAAAUGCUUUGUCCCCAGACCUCGGGUGUUUCUUGGACUACUCCAGCCCCACUGCAACAGAGGACUCUAUGUCCCCUUUUGCCAUCUCUAAGCCUGCAUUGUUAAAUGACACACAAGCUUUGACAAGCAAAAUAAAACAAACUGUGAGCUGUCAGCUACACUCGGAGCAUGUGGAGUGUGGGUCCUCAACAGAGCCACGGGAUAAUAAGGGGGGUGUACCACUCAGUCUGAAGUGUGAGAAGGACCUCUUAAAUGUUGCACCUGCCUUCGACUGUGAUGUAGACGACAUCUUGUGUCUCAACCCCGUGGUCACUUCUACUCCCUUGGGUACUUGUGCUGCGGGAGGACCGUUGGAGUCUGUGAACUCGCCUGUGGAGUCUUUAGAAGGUGAUGUUGGAGAAGCGUGGAAUAUUGGUCUCCCCAUAUUUGAAUCCUCUCUGUGUCACAACGUCACAGUGAAGUUGAAUGCUAGUGGGCAGAGUAGACAGGUGUCAGAGGAGGUUAAGGGCAGUCACACGGGUCUGGUCACACUCAGCGGAGAUGAAUCCACUUUGGACACCAGUUAUGAAACUACAUUACCUCUCCAAGUACAGGUGAAGUCAGUUAUAGUGGCUCCCAAGCAGCAACCCUCCAGCAGUAAACCAGCAGCACAUCCUCUGCCAGGGCUGAAUGCUGCCAAAGGUGACAGCAGUGCCAGGAUUCAAAGGCCGGUGGUCCUCGACAGGGAGGUGGAGCGGGACAAAAGGCUAUAUCUCCAGUCGGUCACCAGACACCUGAAUGGAGCAGCUCAAGAUGUCAUGACUGAGCUGCUGAAACUGAUGAGCCAUGUGGCGGACCAGACACCAGCCAGUUACGACAAACAGUGGCAGCAUCCCUCUGACCUCACCCGCAGGAACUACCAACAGCGGUUUCAAAACAUCCAGCCAAAAAUGUCCCUGCAUGAAUGGCAGGCUAAGAAUGGAGCAACUCACAAGCGCUUUGCCAGAGUCCCAAAAAUUUUUGAAAGGAGUCAAUUUCCCUAAAUUGGGAUUGUAGACAAUUUCAUUGUGAACAAAUUGCACUUACCUUCUAAAUCUAAUCUAAUUUUUCUUUCUUUGUUUGAUUUUUGGUGUGUAUUUUUGCUUUGUCAGUUUUGACUCUUGCUUUCUAUUUUUCUUUCAACUAUGCAUGUCCCUGUAUAUAAAUCUUAAUGCAUGUUUUAAGUGGUUUUGGUGUUCUUGAAACUGUGCCUGUUUUAAUGUUUGUUUAAGUGUGUUUUGUACUUCUAUUGCACUACUACUUUUUGUUGUUUUGAGUACUAAUGUAUUUAACAUUAUUUGAACCACCAGGCCUGUACUGUAGUUUGUUAUUGUUCCUGGAUCACUCUGAGAAUGAGCAGCUGGCAGAAGGAAAACUUUAGCAGACAUAUUUCCCAUCCCUGUGCAUCAAGACUAUUGUAUUGGUUGGAGGGUGAAAGGUGGAUUUUAAGGUAUAGUGUAUGUCAAAACAGAGUAAUGUAUUGCGCAAGCCUGGAAAUGUUUAUGAACAGGUUGUAGUCCAGCCCUGCAUACAAACCUCCAGAGAUAUAUGUAAACUGCCAUCCCUGAACAUUGAAAGUGAUCUAAAAAGUAAUUCAAUAUUUGUAACUCAACAGUCAAAAGAACUUUACAUUUCUAAUGUGAUUUAAUAGAUUUUAUAUGGGGACAGACAGAAAUGGUUAAGUUUUGUGUUCCAUACGUUGGCGUGGUGUUAGCUAGAAGUGUUUGUUCAUCAAGGUCAGUUCACCCACAUCAUAUAAACAUUUUUCAACCAUACCUUAAAUUGUAACAGGGAAUUAUGUCCAUGACUAAUCUGGAUUAUCCAGACCUCUGGGCAUUUUAACUACUAAAUUGGUUAAAUGGUCAAAUGUUUUCUGUGAUUUGUGAGAACUGACCCUUUAAUUGUAAAGCAGCAGUGGCCGGAGUGUCCUCUGAGCUGCUUGGAGGAUUCUCUGCACUGUGGUUUCAUUUAAACCCUGUAACAUUGUGAAAAAAGUAAAAAGUACCACAGGCGCUGAUUGGUGAGUCGGCGCCCCGAGAGUCAGAGCAGGUCUGUGUUUGUGUGGUGGCGAGACACUGCUGCUGAUAAUGUACUUACAAUACAACCUAGCCUGUUCAUCUUGGUUACCCCAUGGAGCCCAAAUACAUGGACCUCAUCAGCGUGGGUCCUGUGCGUUGAAUAAUGCAGGCUUUAAAAGUAAUCCUGUCUGUACAGUUGGUGGGGCAGCCUGUCCCUGGCCAGCCAUCCAGAAGGCAGGUGUGUCGGUGAAGGCCUCGUGACACACACUGUGCACACUGCUGCGCACGUGUGAAGCCGAGCAGCCACAACACCUCUACACUUUCUAACAAUGUGCCCGUCCAAAGUCAGGAGGGCAGCGAGGAAGCUGUUUGUGUUUACACGCCUCACAGUUCUUCCUCGGCUGUGCUUGUCGAAACAGACUGCUCUACCAAAAACAAGAGACCACGAGAGAUCGAAGGCAAGCAUGUCCGCUACAGAAUCCCACCGCCUCAUUCUGCUGCUCAGGCCAACCGUUGCUCUUGCAUUGAUGCAUAGACAAACAAACAUAAUCUAAUGUGGGGUUUGAGUAAGAUCUAAGUGAUUUGUUGUGUUUUGCCAUUUAAGUCUCAUUGAUUUCUAACUCAUUACAAAUUCAGGCACGUUUUCUUACACAAGGUGCUGACUCGACAGUGAAUGUAGUUGCCUGAAACCAUGUUGUUGGGAGAAUUUUUCAGGAGGAUUUUAGCCUUUCUCAGGAAAAACUCCAUUCUUCCCCAGUAACAGUAAGAUGGCCAAUUGUAUCUGUGCUUUUUUUUUUUUUUGAUGGAGAAAACUCUUGACAGUUGAAGCCUGGUGAAGAGAUUCACAUGUAUUAUUCACAAAAAAAAAACCCUGUUCUUGGAUUCUGUAAAACUGUUUGCUUGGAAAGAACAUUUCACCACUCUGAACUCUUAUUUUUGUCCAGAACGGUUUUGACAGCCUCGUGUUUUGUUUUGAAUCUUACUACUUAAUGUUUCUAAUUAAGAUCAAACACAGACUUUUGUGGAAAAUAUUAGGUAUCUUUUAUUUUAUUUAAGCAUACACAAGUAAGCAUACACCAUAUCCUUCAUAACUGAAGUUGUGUAAUCUUGUGCAUAAUAGUUAAACCAUGCUAGCCCUCAUUAAGCAAUGACUGCUGUACACUUCAUACAAUGAAUAUAAACAUGAUAGCACUAAUAAAGCAGUUCAUUUUUCUAAACCAUG